AGUUUUACACUUUUUUCUAAUUACAAAGACGUAAUCUUUUUGUUCGUUCACCCCUGCGAACUGCACGCACAUGCACAAUGCACAAUGACCCGCUAAUCCUAGUUGGCCCAUUGCAGUAGACGGCACGAAGCGUCGAGAAUGAGUGUCGCAGUUCAAGUGGUUGCGGUGGCGGAUUCGGGCUCCGAGUUUUCGAUCCUCCGCUUGUUUUCCUCCGAAUCUGGUCCUGCUUGCGUGAUUCUUACUUUCGUUUUCAAUGUUUUAUUGUUUUUGUUUUAAGAAUAUCGGCUGCAAUUUCUCAAUACAAAUAUGGCCUCUUCGCUUCUGCUCCGGAGACUCUCGUCGUCCCCAGGCGGUUAUCGCCCUCCCCAAGAUAAGAUGAAGCCCCUUCAGCAGCACUUGGAAUUGAAGUUGGGAACUUUAAUUAAAAUUUGUUAUAGCUUAAGACGAUUCAGUAGUUCCACUCGUGCUUCGAAUUUUGAUUUUACAGAUCUAACUUCUCCUCAUACAUGGUAUCCAAAUGCUCGAAGGAAGAAUCGGAAAGUUAUUCUCCAUGUAGGUCCUACAAACAGUGGCAAAACAUAUCAUGCUUUGAAGCAGCUAGAAUCAAGUUCUUCUGGUAUAUAUUGUGGCCCUCUAAGACUUUUAGCAUGGGAGGUGGCAAAACGGUUGAACAGGGCAAAAGUUCCUUGUGAUUUGAUCACAGGACAAGAGAAAGAGGAAGUUGAUGGUGCAAAGCACAAAGCUGUAACAGUUGAAAUGGCAGAUGUAACCUCUGAUUAUCAAUGUGCUGUUAUUGAUGAAAUUCAGAUGUUAGGCUGUAAGACAAGGGGUUUUUCAUUUACACGUGCCUUAUUAGGAAUUUCUGCUGAUGAACUUCACCUGUGUGGGGAUCCAGCUUCUGUUCCUCUCAUCCAGGAAAUGCUUAAAGUGACCGGAGAUUGUGUCAAUAUCCAAUCCUAUGAAAGACUCUCACCUUUAGUUCCAUUGAAGUUUCCUCUGGGAUCCUUUUCUAAUAUUCGAAAAGGCGAUUGCAUUGUAACGUUUUCACGGCAUGAGAUAUACAGAUUAAAGAGGGAAAUUGAAAAUGGUGGAAAGCAUCUUUGCUCUGUCGUUUAUGGCUCACUGCCACCAGAGACUCGAACAAGACAGGCUACAAUGUUCAAUGAUGUCAGCAGCGAGUUUGAUGUUCUUGUAGCUAGUGAUGCUAUUGGGAUGGGUCUCAAUCUUAACAUUUCCAGAAUUAUAUUUUCUACACUGGAAAAAUUUGAUGGUACUGAGAUGCGGGAGCUCGCUGUACCUGAGAUCAAACAAAUUGCAGGGAGAGCUGGUAGAUAUGGAUCUAAAUUUCCUGUUGGAGAAGUGACUUGUAUAGAUGUGGAGGAUCUACCCCUACUGCAUUCAUCUUUAAAAUCCCCAUCUCCCACUCUAGAGCGCGCUGGGUUAUUCCCUACCUUUGAUCUAUUGUUCAUGUAUUCACGUUUACAUCCAAAAAAUGGCAUCCAUCAGAUAUUGGAGCAUUUCCUUGAGAAUGCAAAGUUAUCUGCUAACUAUUUCAUUGCUAAUUGCGAAGAAGUGUUGAAAGUUGCAGCUGUUAUUGAUGAGUUGCCCCUCAGAUUGCAGGAGAAGUACCUUUUCUGUAUUAGUCCAGUUGACAUGAAUGAUGACAUUUCUUCUCAAGGUCUUACCCAGUUUGCACAAAAUUAUGCGAAGAGAGGCAUUGUUCGGCUUCGGGAAAUAUUUACCCCAGGAACCCUUCAAGUGCCGAAAACACAAAAGGCCGUUAAGGAGCUUGAAUCCAUUCACAAGGUCUUGGAUCUCUAUGUUUGGUUGAGUUUUCGAUUGGAGGAUUCAUUUCCAGACCGAGAGCUGGCAUCUUCACAGAAAGCUAUCUGCAGCAUGUUGAUUGAGGAGUUCCUGGAAAGACUAGGAUGGCAGAAGCCGAGGGCAAGAAGAUUGCAACAACCUCGUAGUAGCUUCAGUUCUUUCCAUUACGUGUCUCCGUGAAAUGUUUAUACUUUCUUAGAUGCUCUGUUUGAUUGAAAGGAGGAUAAGAAAGCAUGGAAAUACAAGCAGCCAGUUAUGAUUUUCCAAGUGUUCAUUCCUUUACAAUCUUGGCCAUCAUGGAGGCAUUCAAGAAGAAGCUGGUAGAUGCCGGCAAAGGACACCCAACGUUACUCAAAAAAGAAGAAGAAGCUGCUUUUAGUGAAUUUUCUUGCUUCUGUCAUUCUGUAGCAGUUUUCUUUUUUUGUAAUUUAUACUCUUAUUGCUUAAUGUAGAUUUUUCAUAAGAUUUACUUUAUAUAAGCAAUAUCAAGUGCCAAUUCUUGUACAACCAAUUGAUGGAAAAAGAUAUCAUUAAUUGUGUAUUGCUCUUUUGAAUUUCAAAAA